AUGAGGUUCUUCGCUCUGGUCCUGACCUCCCUCGCAGCUGCCACGGUUUGGGGGCACCCGUCCUCGCCACCUGUGGUGGACACCGUGCAUGGCAAAGUCCUGGGGAAGUAUGUCAGCUUAGAAGGAUUUGCAAAGCCCGUGGCUGUUUUCCGCGGAAUCCCUUUUGCCAAGCCCACCCCCGGCCUUGGAUCCCUGAGAUUCGCUCCGCCGCAGCCUGCGGAAUCCUGGAACUUCGUGAAGAAUACCACCUCUUACCCUCCAAUGUGCUCCCAAGAUACAGCGACAGGACAGAUGAUCUCGGAAAUCAUUACCGACAGAAAGGAGAGCAUUCCCCUGAAGUUUUCUGAAGACUGUCUUUACCUAAAUAUUUACACCCCCGCUGACUUGACCAGGAAAAGCAGGCUGCCGGUGGUGGUGUGGAUCCAUGGAGGUGGUCUGGUGGUGGGUGGGGCAUCAACCUACGAUGGGCUGGCCCUGUCUGCCCAUGAAGAUGUAGUGGUGGUAACCAUUCAGUAUCGCCUGGGGAUCUGGGGAUUCUUCAUCACUGGAGACGAGCACAGCCGGGGGAACCGGGGUCACUUGGACCGGGUGGCUGCGCUGCACUGGGUCCAGGAGAACAUUGCCAAUUUUGGAGGGAAUCUGGGCUCAGUGACCAUCUUUGGAGAGUCUGCAGGAGGUGAAAGUGUCUCUGUUUUUGUUUUAUCUCCUCUGGCCAAGAACCUCUUCCACUGGGCCAUUUGUGAGAGUGGCGCAGUCCUCACUUCUGUUCUGGACUAGAAUCAAGGCAGGUCUGCAUCUGAGGUAGGGGCUUGUCUUAGAAUCUUGCCCACCACCUCUGCUGUCAUGGUUCACUGCCUGCGCCAGAAGACAGAAGAGGAACUCUGGGAGACGUCGCUGAAGAUGAAAUUCUUUGCUCUUGAUUUACUUGGAGACCCCAGAGAGAGCUAUCCCUGCCUGCCCAUUGUGGUUGAUGUGCUGUUGCCGAAGACACCUGAAGAGAUUAUGGCUGAAAAGAAAUUCAACACUGUCCCCUUAAUCGUUGGAAUCAACAAGCAAGAGUUUGGCUGGCUUCUUCCAACAAUUAUGGGCUACCCACUCUCCGAAGGUAAACUGGACCAGAAGACAGCCGCUUCGCUCUUGUGGAAGUCAUUCCCCCAUACUAUCUCUGAAGAACUGGGUCUGGUCAUCACCAAGAAGUACUUAGGUGGGACAGAUGACCCUGUCAAAAAGAAAGACCUGUUCCUGGACAUGCUUGGAGAUGUAGUAUUUGGUGUACCAUUGGUGACUGUGGCACAUCGUCAUAGGGAUACCAGAGCCCUCUCCUAUAUGUACAAGCUUCAGCAUCGCUCAAGCUUCUCAUCAGAGAUGAAACCCAAGAUAGUGAUAGGAGAUCAUGGGGAUGAGCUCUUUUCAGUCUUCGGGGCCCCGUUUUUAAAAGAGGGUGCCACAGAAGAUGAGGUCAAACUCAGCAAGAUGGUGAUGAAAUUGUGGGCCAACUUUGCUCAGAAUGGGAACCCCAAUGGAGAGGGGCUACCCCAUUGGCCAGCAUAUGACCAGAAGGAGGGGUACCUGCAGAUUGGCGUCACCACUAAGGCAGCCCAGGAGCUGAAAGACAAAGAGGUAGCUUUCUGGACUGAGGUCUUGUCCAACAAGGCAUCAGAGAAGUCACCACAGAUACAGCACAUUGAGAUAUGA